AUGUCUUAUAGCGUGGAGUCCAAGAAGCGGAAGUUCCACAGGGCUUUAGAGUCAUUGUCCAGCAAUGGUUCGCAAAAGCGCUCGCUGAACCCUCAUCCGAGAGAUCCUCAUAUGUCUACUCCGAAAGCCAUCGACCCAACCAUAAAACGCGUUCGACUAACGCCAGGUUCAGAAGUUGAUGACACCAUAACGCCCGUAUCUACAUCUCCCUUGGCCAACCACUCUCCUGCUCCGUCCUUGCGCCCCAAUUUUGUACCCUGGGAUCGUGAUCGAUUCUUGGAGAGACUAGAAACGUUCCGCAAAGUCGACAGAUGGUCUCCAAAGCCAGAUGCCGUCAACGAAGUACAAUGGGCAAAACGAGGUUGGUCGUGUGUGGGUGUGAUGAGGGUGGAGUGUGUCGGGGGGUGCGGUCUUUCUCUUGUCGUGAAGCUGCCCGAUGACAUGGACGAUCUGGAAGAUUAUGAUAGCGAGAAAGUGGAGGAGCGGAGACAAGUCCAAGCUGCGCUAGUCGACAAAUAUGCUGGUCUGAUUGUUGACGGUCACGGCGAGAAGUGCCCGUGGCGUAAAACUGGAUGUGAUGAAACUAUUCAUCGAUUGCUUAUGGCGAAACCGGAUAAAGCCCUAUCAGGGUUAAGAGAACGUUACCUAAAUCUCGCUUCCUUAGGAGAAAAAAUCCCCCCUUUAGAGUGCAUUGCCGUUCCAGAAGGUGUAGAUAUCUGCGCUACUUCAGAAAUGAUAUCAUCAAAAAUGCUCUCCUCAACUCAAUCCGAGUCUGAAUGUGUGACCGUGGCAGAAAAUCCAACAACUAUGCAAAAUGGGACAAAAAAUGGGACAAACGAGGCAGCACAGGACUCGGUCAAUUUAUCAGCCCUUGCACUGGCACUUUUCGGUUGGGAUUUAUCUGGAAAUAAGAGUGCUGGAGUUGCAAGCUGUAAGGCUUGCUUUCGAAGACUCGGAUUAUGGAUGUACAUGCCUAAGGAUGACGGGUCAUCAUCUAUAUAUCCAAAUCUUGACGUCGUCGGCGAACACCUUGACUAUUGUCCAUGGAUUAAUGCUAAAACACAAAGCGGAUCAGGGAAAGCCAGGGAUAAAGACGCUUUUCAGGGUGCAGAGCUUUCUGGUUGGCAAAUCUUAAGGAGGGUGAUUAUAAACAUGCAUCGUCGGCAAAAUCUAUCUAUAGCAUCAGAGACCCAGGCACCUGAAUGCCAGGACGGUACGACAAGCCCCAAUGAGAUGGACCCUGAAGCAAAGAAAGCGAAGGAUCGAGAAUGGUGGAGCAAGCUAAGAAGGGUAAGACAGGCUUUCAAGGGACAGAGGAAGAGUAGAGGGUGA